AAAUCCGUAGAGACAGCACAACUGAAUUUACCGCCAUGAAGUUCCUGGUCGUACUAGUAGCAGUAGCAGCUUACGCCUCAGCUGCCCCGAGUGGCCUUUACGGUCUGACUGGCCUUCACGGAGUAGGACUCGCUGGGCCCGUAUUGGCCGGCGCAGCUGUUGCUGGGCCCCACGUAGGGGCCGCUGCAGUCGCUGGGCCCGUUGCGGGCGGAGCCCACGUGUCUGGAGCCGUUGCUGGGCCUGCCGUAAUUUCGGGCUCGGUCGCAGGGCCAUCCGCAGUGAUUGGGUCCGUUGCUGGGCCCACAUACGUCUCCGAACCUGGUCUUGGAUGGGGUGGAGUCGUUUCCGGAUAUGGCCUGGGUCUUGGACACGGUACCGUAGUAGCAGGACCUCACGCAGGUGCAGCUGCAGUCGUUGGUCCAGUUGCGGGACCUACAGUCGUUGCAGGACCUGACGGCGGUAUCAUCUCUACCCAUGGCUCCGGUCAUGGCUCCAUCCUCGCUGGUGUUCACGGUGCCCAUGGGAUCUGGUGAAGAGACCCAUAAACGACUCUGCGGUCCCUAACCGCUGCUCACCGUCCCUGACCAACUCUAUCUCACUCACACUGUACAACGGUCUGCUUGUACGGGGAAGAUAAAAAAGAAAUAAAUGAACUCUUGCCUGUAAUGCACAUUCUUUGAAAUAAAA